AUACAGAGACUCGGGAAUGGCCCUUCCAGUUCAUCUAGAAGAAUUACACUACUACGGUUUGCAACAAAACAACAUAUAUAGCUUAACAAAAAUUGAACACCCGGAUGGCAAAAAUAAACUGCUUGUGUCUUCUCUAUCGAAAAAAAUCAGCUGCUUAAGUUUUAAGCACGAUCCAAAAUUAGAAGCAAAAACUGACGAUAUUCAAUUUCAUUAUGUUCCACAUGAUGCUGAAAUAGUUUCUAUUGAUGCAUACUCAAGACGCCAUUGUGGAUUAGUAGUAGGCAUUACCUUUAUAAAACGUGACACAAAUUCAUGCUUCUUGAAUGUCUACUCUGAAGGUGAAAAUUCAGAAGAAUGGGAUUUAACUCGAAUAGCUCAGUCCUGCCAGCAUUUUGAAUUAAAAUUUAUUCCUUAUAGACUUUAUCAUGGUAAAUUAGAGGGAAAAGAUGAAACAGUAUUUCUUCUCAGUGGAAACGAUAAAAAUAUGCAUAUGUUUAGAGAAAAUUCAGAGAACUUUUUUCAACAAACACCUCCUGCUCAAGUAACGGAGUUUUUCCCUGAAUUUCAAAAUUUGCACUCUGUACCGCUUUGGUGGGAUUCAGAGGUUCAAAAUAAUCGAAGGUUAACCGUAAUUGGUUUUCAGGAUGCUACUAUAUCUCUUUUAAUUGUUAAUAUUACAACAAAAGAAGUACAAAAAUUCGAAAGAAGCCAUGAAUCACCAAUAACUUGCGUUAGAAUAUUUCAAACUUCAAAACUAGUAAAGUGCCCUCAAUUCGUGAAAGAAGUUCUUGGUGAGGAUGAAUAUGAUGAAGUAAAUCCAUUUUGUUCACAAGAACAAAACGAUGAUUUACAUAUUGUGGCAUCUAGUGCACUACAAGGUGUAGUAGUCUACAGGAAUAUACUGUCAAAACAUCUAGACAAUGCACUAACACUUCCCGAAAGUGACAAAUAUGAUUGUAUUCUUUCUCUAUUGGCAACAGAUAUAGACUUUGAUGGUGAAAAUGAAAUCAUUAUUGGUACAUAUGGCCAUCAAGUGAUAAUUUAUAAAUAUGUGGAUAAUGAAAAGUAUCAGGUUAUUUGGCAGCGAUCAUUUGCCGAUCCUGUACUUGGAGUGCAAGCUUUAGACUUAACCUUCGACGGUAUGUCGGAACUGGUGGUAUUAACCUUAAAAGGAGUUUCAGUAAUGCAGCAUGAACUGUCAUCCGUAACAAAAUUGGUUGUGAACAGACUAAAAGCUCUUUUUCAAUACAACGAAGAUAAAGAUGCCUUCGAAGAACUUCAAGAAGAAAAUCUUGAAAGAUGA